AUGGUCUUCAUGCGUUUCUUGCGUUUUCGAGUGCUCGUCAUGGCCAUCACGGUCUGGGCUGUCAUCGUCGCAGAGGAUGAGACCACAAACCACUACCAGGUGCUCCAAGAACCUCCUGCAGAGCAGCGGCUUGGGGUCAUGUACCUUUUUCCACAUGCCAACGGUGGACAUCCGGCUCUGGAGUCCCAGCAGACCCUGAACCACUUCGCAGAGCUGGGGAUUUUAGACACGAUGCGAUCGUGCAACCAGAACUCUACCCGAUUGAUACACCAAGAACUUUGCAAGUUGCGACGCGAUGAGAAUCUGAGCACAAUUUUUGUGCCAGCUCACUUGAUGCAACAUCUGGCGGAGGAUGGCUGCUUUCGAUCCAGCUGGCAAGAUCGCUACAUCAAGCAUUUGGAUCGGAGCAACAUUGAUUGGCGAAAGGUCGACACGGACUGCAAUGCUGAGCUGGUCCAAGGGGGGCAGGCCAAAGCUUUAUAUGGAUAUCAGCUCCCGAAUCCCUACGGUCUCUUCUCCCUGCAGCAUCGCGACACCGUGCGCAUUUGCCCCCUCGAGGUGCAGAUGCUGCGCGGCGCGACCCCUUGGGACCAAGACCGCGCGGACGAGGCCUUCCGCGACUGUGAGGGCUCGAACUGCGCGGAGCUGCAGGCACCCAACCUUGCCUUGAUUUCCCCGUCGUUGUUCUUUAGCACCAUGCAGCUUCGCCUUUCACUGCGGGACCUUCGCCAAGAGAUCUAUCGCAAACGGCGCGCUUCGGUGGUGGAGCGUCUAGCGAGCUGGUUUGACUCCAAUCCCCAUUCGGUGGUUGGGAUGCUGCACUCGCAGUUUGUGAGCAUGGACGCCUGGCCUGAGGGCAUAGCAGUUCGAAAGUUCAGGCCAACGAUGCAAUUAGAAGAGGCAUGCACAGCUCUCGCCCAGGAGCGCUUUUGGGCCUUUGGGCCGUGCACUGACUUCCUUGCGGUGAAGCUUCAUUUCCUCCACAGAAGAGAGCAAGAAAGGUUUGAAGAGGAACGAGCUGUAGAUCACGGCCGGCACGGACAUGUCAUCCGCCUGCGCCACCUGCGACCGCAUGCGACCGCGAACCCGCCUGCGAAUCCGCGGCUCCAUGCGAAGUUCUUUGUGCUGCGGCCGCCCCGCGAGCUCCGGCGCCUGCAGGGCCAAGACUUCGAGCUGGGGUCCCGAGCCCGUGCGAAUACUUUGGGCACAUGCCACCUGGCAGGGAUGCGGGUUUUGGUGUUGGCCAUGGUUGGCACCAGUGCCAAGAAGACCCAGCGUCGAAACAAAGGCCGAAGGCUUGAGCAGGGGCGGCAAUUCCUCGCAGCCGCGGUGAGGGACGUGGUAUCCAACCUCCACGAUCGCUUUCGACAUCUUCGAGCGUCCGAGGAGCUGAACGGUCAAUUCCUGGCCGCCACGCCGGAAGAAGCGGACUUCGUGGUGUUGGAGCACUGUGUGACCUAUGCGUACCAUGUGCUUCGUUAUGGUGCUGGCUACAACACUGUGAAGCUGACUUGGGAAGCUUUGCGUAUUGUCCAGGACUGUGUGGGAACUUGCUCAUCCUUCCCUUCAUGCUCGGAGUCAUACUUGUUGCCUAUCAUCCAUUGGGCUGAGAGCACUCCAGCAUAUCAGAAGUUCCAGGGCAGGAACUUCGUCAUCGUGUUUGCCAUGGACAAGGGCCGUGCGGACUAUCCCAUCGCCUCCAGAGAUACAUUUGGCCUGCGGCAGCGCUUGACGGUUGCCUUCGCACCUCCCACGUGGCUGCCAUUGCACGAGAUUCGUGCUGCUUGUUCCCGAUUGCCUCCAAACGCUCGGCGUCCGGGGGACUUCUUGGCCUCUCUGCUCUUUCCACUCCUAUUUUCGAGCUUGCGGAGGGACAGAGAAUCUUUGGUGGCCCCUGGUGCAGCUCCACCCGGGUAUACCUUCUGGCCCAAUCAAGAUGAUGGCGCGCAAGAUCUUGUGGACCAGAAAUUCGAUUUCCGUAUGGCGAAGCAAAAGGAGACAUUCCUGGUGCAUGACCAGCAUGACACAGCCAAGUACCACGGAAAAAUGCGCACGAAGUUCGACAGGUUGGUCCUCGCGAUCCACUACGUCCACCACAUUUGCAUCCACUUUCUCCAGAAGCAAGCGGCGGGUCAAGACUUUGCCUCCUCUUUGACAUUGCCGCAACAGAUCCCCAAAAAGGUCGUCGAGUUCGCAUACUGGCUUGGCGAGCAUUGUGAGAGAACUUGGGAAAUUUUGGACUUGGGCCGAAACCCGGCGCAACCGUCAGACUUGGAUGAUGACGGCAAGCAGCCUACUUCACCCCCACGUAGGCAACGUAGAUUGUCCGUGGAUGCCUUGGGCAAGGUCUUGGCGGACAUGUCCUCCGUUCUCAAUGCCAAGGCCUUGGAUACGAUCCUGCGAGCUGUGGAAGAAGAUUGGGCCCGAGUCUUGCAGGAUCAAAACUCUCCCCUGUCGACCGACUUCGUCCAGCACAUGAUGCAGACCGUCCUGCUGACCAAGGAUGUUUGGAUUUGGUUUACGAAGGACAGCUUGCGAGACACCCUCGUCCAAGCUGCUGCAGCCGUUGGUAAGAAGGCCUUUGCGUUGCAUGGCACGGUGGCAGCCUGUGCUCUGCUGGCAUUGUUGCAUGUGGGCAAACUUGUGCGCUCGGAGAAGACAGUUGGGGGUGGAAGGCCUGUCUGGUACUUUCGCAAGCGCCCCGUCCAGAGUCAGACAGCCGAUGGCAAGGCGCUGCAACCUCUCCUGCAGUUCCUCGGCAUCAGUCACACCACAACACCUUCGUUUGAAGCCUAUUGCCAAGGGACGCUGGCAGAGACCGCCGUGCCUCCUCGAGCACCUUCCGUUGGUGCCUGGAUCCCUGUGCAGGCAGAGACGUGGAAGGAGUCUUUGGAGACGUUGGGCUACGACAUCACACACCCUCCGCAGCCUGCUGCUGGUGCUCCUGCUGGACCUGCCCACCCACCCGUUGAGCAUGGUGGCUUUGGCAAUUACCGUUUUGCCGCUUCGAGUCUGUGCUUCGUUGCCCGCAUGUCGCUUCCGUUGCCACCGGUCGCGUCCUUCCUGGCACUGCUCGCGCCGUUGCAGCCGGAGCACCUGGGCAUGCUGACUUUGGCAUACAACGUGGCCGACGCACCCGGUCGCGCAGCUUUGGCGCAGCAACUCUUGCGAACCAAUUUUGGAUACAAUGCAACCUUGGAGCAGAUCAACCUCAUCUACGACCGCCUGCUGCAGCAAUGCCCAGCGUCCAUCGCGGUCACACAAGCGCCGGCCAGUGGCCUCGCUUUGCGCCCCGACUCCCACGAGGCUUUGCAGACCUUACCCUACGUGCCUGCCUGGCAGAAAGGGGUCUGUGCACUGGAUGGCGGCGUGCUUUUUCGAUGGCAAUGCAUUCCAACGAAGUGCUUUACAUUCACUCUCGGCUUGCAGGCUGGACACCUGCUGUGUCUGCGAUGCAGUCGGUGCAAGGCAGUCUAUGCAGGUCCCUGGUACUGGCCGGAGGUGCGAGAUGAAAAGCUCUUUCCCCGCGGCCAUCAUCAUCUUCGCAUCCAUGCCGCAACAUUCACCGGCCUCGACACAGAGCGAUGGUUCUUCGUGACACCUCAAGUCUGCUGGGACAGACAUCUGCUGCAUUGGUGUUUGCUACUAGCAGCUCGCGGUGGCAUCACUUGGACGGCGCUCUAUGUCAUCUACUCCACCCUGUGGGGCCACACUUUGCAGGGCUCUCAAUACGCCACCAGACAGCACUUCGUGGCAGCGGUGGAAUUGGCGGCGUGGGCCUCAGUGCCCGCCUUCCUUUGCGCAGUCAUUCUUUUCGGCGCCUUGCGCCUCCUCGCAGCUUCCACUGACAUGAACUUCCUGCAUCUGGACUUCUUUCUACGGCCGCACCACCUGGCAGCGGACCUGCAACCUGUGCUGGAGAGCGUGCGCUCUGCGUGGCAGAGCGUGGCGAAAAAGCAUUGCUGCCCCUUGUGCAAGACCGUGCCAGCAGUGGUUGUGGAUGGGAAGUGGAAUAUGCAGUGCCUCAUUUGCAACGACAGGGGCUCUGCAUACAAAUGGAAUCGUGGCUUGCACGCCGGGAUUUUGACUGGAUGCACGGCGCGCCCUUUGCGGGGUUCCAAAUAUUGCGCCGCGCACCAGCCGCCAGCAGGCCCUGUGGAGCAGGUCACAAUCACCGCUCACCGGGAAAUCUGUGAGGGUGAGGCCAUCCUCCUGGAGUAUGAGGUGGGCAACCGUGUGUGGCAGAGAGCCGCAGCCGUGCCCAUGGGUGCUAUUCGCACAUAUGAAAUGGACCUUUUGCCACUCAGGGAGCCGCUGCUGAAACAGCCCGAUGCGUGCGGCGCAGACCCGCGGCGAGGCAGUCCCGAAGCCAGCAUCGGGCGCAAGUCGGCUGGCAUUCUCGCUGCUGUCUCGCCGUGCAUGCGCGUGGUCGCCAUUCAGCCCAUGUACGCGACAGAGUCGCAGGGACAGGUGGUUUCAUUUCUGGAUGACAUCUUGCAAAUGUUGCCUCGCACUGCUUGGGUCAUCUACGAUUUUGCUUGUGGCAUCCGCCGGCACAUCCGCACACAGCUUUCUUUGAGGCGGUCCAAACCCGAGGCUUCAAGAUGGCAAGCAUUGGAUGCUUUGACGUGGGUGGUGGAUAAGAUGCACUUCAAGACCCACAAAGGCUGCAGGAAUCCACAGUCACCUUGGUACGAGCCUUCCGUCAAUCCGUACGCGCACGAUGCUUUGCGUGGAGUCGACACAGAAGCUGCAGAGCAGAUUUUUCACAUUGCGGCGCGCUGGCAAGCCUCUUUGGCCACAGCGCACCCGGUGCAUCAAGAGCUGCAACUUCUGAUUUAUAGCCACGAGCACAAUGAGAGGCAGUGCCCCGAUGUGCCUUGGGAGAGGCGCGUGAGCAGAGACUUCCUGGCCGGUGCCUUGGUGCUUGUCAACCCAGACACCAACACCGUGCAUCGUGUGGAUGACUUGGAUGAAGAGGCCGGCUUCGCUCGCUCGGGCUGGUUGGUUCGCUUGCACGAGCCCUACCUGCUCCUCGAGUCGACGGCGCCGGACCCCUGCCGCGGCCGCAGCAGCACCUCGAAGAGGCGUUUGAUCUACUAUGAACAGGACGUGGUGGCUCCAGUCCCCACAGGCUUUGAGUGGACAGAGGCCUCCGAGCAGGUGGAGGAUCGGCACUUGCUUCUCUUUUAUGCGGCCUCGCCGAACUCCUGCAUCCGCCGCCACAUCAGCCGAGAGCUGGCAGAGUCUGCAGAUGCUGAGGUACUGGUGAUUCCAAAGCCAAUCCCAAAGAAACCUUGGAGCGACUUCCUUUACCGCUCGAAGUUUUGCUGCUCGACCUACCUGCGGGAAGUGGGCUCAGACACCAUUUGCACCAAGGACUCCUCCAUCGCCAAGAAAUUAAUGAUUGAGACCAUUUGUUCCUGA